AGAAAUGUUUUUUUUUUUUUUAAUGAUUGAACAGGCGUGUUUUCUGACUAAACAGAGCAGCAGUCUAAGGGCUUUAAACUCAGUAGAGUGGAAAAUAAGAUUAAGUGGGAUAUAAUCGUAAAAAACAGUCAAAUAUGAAGAAUGGUUUUAUAAAUAUCUUGAGGUUACAGGUGCCGCGUUUGUCUUCCAGGGACAACUUUAGUGGCAACGGUGCCUUUAACAAGCUCCAACUAAGGAAGGAACCGGAAAUACGUCAUUUGUUGUCUCGGCGUACUCGAAUCGUUUUGGUUGUUUGCGUUAACGGGGAUUUGUGGUGCUAUCUCAGGUACGGGUCUGUCCGGUACUAACAACAAACCGCUCAGGCAGUGAAUAGAAACAGUGAGUCGGCCGCUCUGUCCGUUUGUUGAUUCCAAAACGGAGCCGCCGAGCGCGCCACUGCCAUCAUGAGCUCGGGCCAACCGAGCGACAGAAGCGAACCAGAGGAAGCUCGGCUUAUACGCGCCUCCGACCGGGUGUUCCGUGAGGACGAGAGCGAGGAUGAAGAAGAUGAUGAUGAAGAUGAUGAGGAGGAGGCGGCGGCGGAGGGGGUAGAAGAAAAGGACGCGCGCUCGAGACCUUCGCCCUCGGCGUGCAGGCGCAUGAAGUCCCGAGCCAAGCGCGGCUCACGGUCCGAGUCGGCGGCGGACGUCGCAGCCCCUAGCGCCAGAUCCGCUGCGCGCGAGUCGCUCUUCUCGUGGCUGCGGAACCGGAGUGUGCGCAGAGGGCCGCUUGUGGACCCGGCCCGGGACAAUUUUCGGACUAUGACUAGACUUUAUUCCUCCAUGAGUCCUGCGAGGGACUCGAUGAACCUUAGCACCCAAACUCACGGUGCCGUGUUUAACCUGGAGUACUCACCGGACGGGUCAGUGCUGACUGUGGCCUGUGAGCAGACAGAAGUGCUGCUGUUUGAUCCCGUCUCGUCCAAACAUAUCAAAACUCUGGUGGAGGCUCAUGAGGACUGUGUGAACAACAUCAGGUUUCUUGAUAACCGGUUGUUUGCCACCUGUUCUGAUGACACCACCAUUGCAUUGUGGGACUUGAGAAAGCUGAACUCAAAGGUGUGUUCGUUGCACGGCCAUGCUAGCUGGGUGAAGAACAUUGAGUACGACACACACACUCGGUUACUUGUUACGUCUGGCUUUGAUGGAAAUGUCAUCACCUGGGACACCAAUAGGUUCACAGAAGACGGCUGUCCCCAUAAGAAGUUUUUUCACACACGCUAUCUGAUGCGGAUGCGUCUAACGCCAGACUGCAGUAAGAUGCUCAUCUCCACCUCCUCUGGUUAUCUGCUCAUCUUGCAUGACCUUGACCUCACCCAGAGCCUAGAGGUCGGCAGCUACCGCAUCUUACGGGCCCGACGCACCCCACUGAGCACUGGUUCUUCAACAGGCGCCAGGACACCAGGCUCUCGCCAUGGCAACGACAGCAAAGCUCAUCCGCAUAGAGAGGGUUUGUCUCCAAGGAACAGUCUGGAAGUUUUGACCCCCGAGAUCCCGGGUGAGAGGGACCGUGGAAACUGCAUCACCUCACUGCAGCUGCACCCCAAAGGCUGGGCCACACUCCUGCGCUGUUCCAGCAACAUGGAUGACCAAGAGUGGACAUGUGUGUACGAGUUUCAGGAGGGAGCUCCUCCUCGGCUGCCGAUAUCUCCUCGCUGCUCUCUGCGCCUCACGCACUACAUUGAGGAGGCCAACGUGGGCCGAGGCUACAUCAAGGAGCUGUGCUUCAGCCCGGACGGUCGCCUAAUCUGUUCUCCAUAUGGGUAUGGUGUGCGUCUGCUGGCCUUCGACGAGCACUGUGCCGAGCUCGAGGAGUGUGUACCCGAGCGUACGGCGCUGCUGCGCGAGGUUCGCUCCAUCUACUCUCACAGUGACGUGGUGCUCACCUCAAAGUUCUCACCCACACACUGUCAGCUGGCCUCAGGCUGCCUCAGCGGACGUGUAGCACUCUACCAACCCCACUUUUAACUGCCACAAUCACGGUGUCUCUGGCAGGUGGACGCCUUCAAAGGGUUCAUGUUCACAGUGUCAAUGUGUGAGUGCAGGAUUGUGUAACUGAUUUGAGUGUUUUUAUAGCAGUUUGUUUUCUUGUUCUCGUGUAAUCACUCCAACUUUCGAAUGUACGUGUGCAGUAAUGAGCGAAAUAGCAAUUAAACGGUUUUCACACUGCAUGUCUCUGAUUGGGGGGAGGGGGAGGGGGUGCAUGCAGAGUGCUGGUUUGUGCUCAUGGUGGUAGUGAGAUUGCAGGUCUUAUUUUGCAGUCUUUUAUACCUUUUGCAUAUGACCACUCUCUGGUGUCCAAGCCUGACCUGCAUGUCUAAUGCUAACCUCCCCCACAACAGUAUCAUUAACAUGUAAAGUAGCUCUGAAUGUAAGCAGUACAAACUGAAUGUUGUAAUGGAUGGUGUUUUCUGCCAAAUGUUUUUUUUUUUUUUUUUUUAAGCAGAUCAGUGUUCACGUAGCUCAGAAAUGAGGUGUUUGUGUGAUUGUAUGUUGUUCGAAAGGCAGCUUGCCUCUUGAGACACUAAAUGAAGACAUUUUCUUUGCGGGUCUUAAUCUGUACAUAGUUCAAGCAGUAGGUUUGUGCGAAUGUGCGAGUAUGUGCGUCUGCUGGUAGAUUAGGCGAUGAUGAUCCUCGAGUGAGGUAGUGACUACCAUACCGUCUUCUCUCAAACACACAAAACACUCCCAGAUGGCACAAGCUGAAUCAACACUGUUGCCUAUACCUCAAAUUCAGGCCGUGCCAGGAACAUGUAUGCACAUUUACUGAGGUUGAUUUAGAAGCUGAGCCAUCAUGUUCUGGGAACUGUAGACAGAGAGGACUAUGGGGAAAUUGUUAUAACUGUGUCAGAGUCUAGCACUUCUUUGGAAGUUGCGUAAUGUGCACUGUCUUUCAUUUAGUCUUUAAUGGAAAUGAGGAUGAUUGGUUCUUCUGCAAUGUUUGGAUUACAUAUUUAAAACAUCUGGGAAGGAGGAAGAGGGUCUCGGAGGGAGCAGCAUUCCUGUGCUGAUCUGUGCGCCACUGAGCCGCAGAAUAAUGUCCGUGGUACAAAACAAUAAAGAUUUUGGGAGUUUUUGUCACUUUUUGCCCAAAGCAUUUUAACUGAAUGUGGGUUGACAUGUCAUUCAGCCUGAUUAAAUUAUCUUUGUAAAUUCAA